AUGAAUGCAUGGAAGAAUACCCAUCUACCUUCUACUGUCAUCCAGUCCGAACGACCCGAGGAUCUUUUGCCAUUUCUCGGACUGACUCUCAGUGAAUUUAGUUUACCGCCAGAGGUGACAGCAUAUUCCUUGCACACGAGCAAAUCCGCAGUCGAAUGGGGUAAAGAACGGGCAUCGUUCGUACAGCCUGGUGUAAUUGAAAACGUUCGAAAGAUCACGGACCAUCACAUUAUGAGACUCGGUGGCGAACCUCAGCAAGAGAUGCAAGCAAUCGACCUGAUCUCCUCAAGCACGGAAAUACCCGCACCGAAGGGGUUCCUCUCUCCAGAUGCUGGGAGAAGCUCGAACCGUUCGCCCAGUUCCGAAGCUUUUGCACACUACGGACCUAUAUACGACAGAUCCGCAAUUCUCCGACUAGCGAGAAGCCUGGACCCAUGGCUGGAUUAG